AUAAAGGGCUCAGUGUUCCAGUUUUCUGGACAUGUUUUUGUUUCCAGAACAUUUAAAAUCAGUAAAACUGUAGAAGAUCAUCCAGGUUGUCUGACUGCUGAACUCUGGCGCCCCCUGCUGGUCUGUGUCCAGAAGGAUUCCCACACGCUGUACCUGGAGCAGGAGCUGGACAGCCUCAAGGUGGUGCUGGAGAUCAAGAACCAGCAGCUGCACCAGAAGGAGAAGAAGCUGAUGGAGAUGGACAAGCUGGGGGAGACGAACGUCCGGCUGGAGGAGUGUCUGACGAAGGUGCAGCAGGAGAACGAGGACUACAAGGCCAGGAUGCACAAACACGCGGCUCUUUCAAAGCAGCUGUCCACAGAGCAGGCCAUCCUGCAGCAGACCCUGCAGAAGGAGUCAAAGGUCAACAAGCGUCUGUCCAUGGAGAACGAGGAGCUGCUGUGGAAGCUGCAUAACGGCGACCUGCUGGGCAGCCCGCGCCGCCUGUCGCCCCCUCGCCCUGCGGCAACGGAGACUCCGCCCACUUCCCCAGCCGCGCCCGUGUCUCCCAGAUAACCCGGCGCCGGCCGCUGAUGGACGUGCGGCGGCCGGGCGGCGGCCGGGCCCCGCUCAGGAGCAGCGGGAACGCCGGCCGGAUUUUUCCUCCUUUAAGGAUUCGACUUGUUCUCCCAAAGAGCGACGCUCAAUCAGAACCGCGACCCGAUCCGACCCGGUGGACCUCCGUGGAAACCUUUAGACUGUAAUGUAAAAGGCUCCGACGCCUCGGAGCAAAAUAUGCAGAUUAUUUAACAGGAAAUGUUUGUUUUCCUCCAGAACCAGAACUGGAAGAAUAAUUUAUCCGUUUAUGUCUCAUGAAGUCUGUUGUUGUUUGUCCUGAAGAACCUCAGAUUUACCCAGAAUGCCUCAUUGUUCUGCCUCAGAAUAAAAUCACUAUGACAUCA